AUGACACCAGCUAACCAAACAAGGCGGCUCGUCGAAGUUGACGGCCUUGAGAUUCAUGUACUAGUAAAUGAUGAGAUCGAUCAGAUUUCGCCCAGUCCGAACCUACUGGUUGAAUAUACGCAGUCCUUCGCCGGAGUUCCUCUCACUCCGGUCUCCGAUCCUGCAGCUCGGGGCGGAGCCAGGCUUGAGAUGCCGAUGCGAAACAUCUGCUGCGGUGCGCAUGGCCUCUCUCUGUUUAUUCGCACCGAGACUCAUUUAAUUCAGACGGCAACGAAAGAUGGCGUGAGCAAAACACUACUUUUUGACGCUGGACCCGAAGAAGAUGUAUUCGAAAGGAACGCGACACGAUUGAGGCUUCCGAUGGGCAAUGUGGGAGCUAUUGUACUUUCUCACUGGCAUCGCGACCAUUCGGGAGGGUUGCUUUCUGCUAUUCGACUUAUUAACAGCAAGAAGGCAGAAGGCAGCCAAGUUACGGUUGCUCUACCCCCCGAUAGACUAGACUAUCGCGGCGUUAUGUUUGAUGCUCCUGUGUCUCUCGAGCCGGACCCGUCUCUCCUGCAAAUUGAGAAUGCCGGUGGGAAGAUUGAGACUAUUCAUAAAGUAUAUACAGUAUUGGAUGACAUGUUUUCUAUCUCUGGUGAUAUUCCCCGCGAGACUUCCUACGAAGGCGGCAUUCCUGGCGGUAUCAGAUACAGUGCCCAAACUGGAAAAUGGACCACGGAUGAGUUGAUACUGGAGGAGCGCUAUGUUAUGUGCAAGAUCAAGGGUGCGAUCUCAUUCCCCGAGUUUAAGACAGAUCCAAGACUGACCGUUAGCACUAGAUAA